CGAGACGCCUACUCCUUCCCCCGGUUGGUGUUCUGGCAUCGAAGCCGAAGGGGUGCCAUUUUGCUUGAGGGCGCGGGCCAGGACCGUCCGCUGAGGCCAUGUUAGUGCGGGGCGGUCUCAACCCUCCGCAGGGCACGAAGCGAGGUUCUGGGAAAGAGAAACCGGGAGAGGAAAAGAAGGGCGCGGAUGGCGUCGGGGCGCCCCGAGGAGCUGUGGGAGGCCGUGGUCGGGGCUGCUGGGAGCCACUGCCUCCAGGACAUCGCCCUGGCCCACAGGGCUGCCGCUGCUGCCCGGCCUCCCAUCCCCCCACCAGCACCACAGCCGCCCAGCCCUGUAGGGAGCCCAUCCCAGCUUGCCCUGCCCAGGGAGGAAGACAAGGAGGAGGAGGACGAGCUGACAGAGACGGAGACCUCUGGGGAGCGGCUGGGCGUCAGCGAUAAUGGAGGGCUCUUUGUGAUGGACGAGGAUGCCACGCUCCAGGACCUGCCCCCCUUCUGCGAGUCGGACCCCGAGAGCACAGACGACGGCAGCCUGAGCGAGGAGACCCCCACUAGCCUCUCCGCCUACGCAGUGCCCCCAGCCUCAGCCCUGCCCACACAGCAGUACGCCAGGUCCCUGCCUGUGUCCGUGCCCAUCUGGACCUUCAAGGAAAAGAGGACAGAAGCACGGUCAUCGGAUGAAGAGAACGGGCCGCCCUCCUCGCCAGACCUGGACCGCAUCGCAGCGAGCAUGCGCGCGCUGGUGAUGCGGGAGGCCGAGGACACCCAGGUCUUCGGGGACCUGCCACGACCUCGACUAAACACCAGCGACUUCCAGAAGCUGAUACGGAAAUACUGAGGCCCCCGGAGAGCCUCCUGGCCCAGUGUCCGCCGGUCCUACACUACACCCCGCCCCCCAGACCCGCCAAUCGGAGUCCGACCCCUUUCAGCCUUCCACCCCCUUCUGCGCCAGGCGCGGGGCCUGUCCAGUGCUCCACAGGCUGUCGCCCCUUUUCCUGCCCAGCGACAGAUUGUUUCUAUUAAGGGACUGGCUUGCUCUCCAAUCGGGAGUGGCUAGUUCUAAACCCUAAAUGGGUGGAUUCGCGUCUUUUUCUGCCUAGCGACAAGGGCUUUGCUCGCACGGCAUUGGCUCUAACCCUGAAAGAGCGUAGCCAAGGCCCAGGAUUGGGUGGUGGCGCUCCGUUCAGACGGUGAAUGGGCAGCUUCAUUUGAUUGGCUGGAAUCCUGUAAAGGUCUACACCAAUCUGCCAGUCACCACGGGCCCUUCCUAAAUUCUUCUACCUGAUUGGGUCCAGCCUCCUGGGGGCGUGGCCAAGCCCUUCUGUGCCCAGGAUGAGCCUGUGGCCUUAAAUCUAGGUUCUUGACACUACAGGGUCUAAGGUUUUUUUACUAAGUCCUGACAGCUGGGCGCUGGCCCCUCAGGGAUGGCCCGGCCCUGCCCUGCGCCUGACACACUCACUGGGUCCAUCCCGUAACAGCCUGCCAAUCGGAAGCCCGUCCUUCCAUCCAGGACGUCCCCAGCUCCCGCCCUCUCCCCUUCCCCCGAGGUGCCUUAAAGGGCCCUUGUCCACCCAAGGUGGGGGCAGGGGCCCUCACUCUCCGGCCCUGAUGUCGGGGGGAGUUGGGGGGUGGGGAUCGCGAGUUGGGAGGGGCGCUCUGAGAUUAAAGAGUUUUACCGCUGUUACAUGAGCUUGAAA